AUGGUCAUAUGUUUUUAUCUUUCAGGUGUCUAUGGUCAAACCUGCUACAGAGUGACUUACACUGACAGAAGCAUCUGUGCCUUCAAAGGCUCAUCAGUGGACAUUUCUUGUACUUACAACAGUUAUUACACAUAUAUCAGAUCUAAAUUCUGGUUCAGACCUGAACGUAGUCAUCAGUGGCAGAAUCCCUCACAGCCUGAGGACCUUAGUGAAGACUCCCAGUAUGCAGGUCGUGUUCAGGUCCUUGAAACAGAGAGAGGACGCUCCACUCUGAGAAUCACUGACCUGAGAGAGAGCGACUCAGCUGAGUAUCACUUCACAUUCACAGCAGGAAGCUUUGAAUGGAGGAGUAGUUUACCUGGUACAACUCUGACUGUCACAGAUCUCCAGGUUCAGGUGAUCAGAUCAACAGUCUACAAGAAUUAUACUGAGGCAGAGCUGCUUUGUCACAGCGGCUGUCGUCUACCUGAUCGUCCUUCCUACGUCUGGUUCAAGAAUGGACAGAAAAUGGAAAGCGUGGAGACAUCUUCUUAUAAAGAUCAGUUUUAUCCUGGAGACAUCAUCUCCUGUGCUCUUAAAGGACAUGAGGAUUUCCCCUCUCCUUUAGUGUAUGCUCCAAAGCUUCCGUCUGUGUCUUUGAAUUCCUCUACUGAGAUAUUGGAAGCUAAUUAUACCUGGUACAAGGAGAAUGAAGACUCACCAAAAGCAUCAGGACAGAACUUCACCAUCACUGACUUGAGAGCUGAACACAGUGGGAAUUAUUACUGUGAAGCCCAGAACAGAAGAGGACGUCAUAACUCCACCUUACAUCUGAUUGUUGUGGCAGGUUCAAUGAAAUCGGUGGCUGUUGUAUCAAUCACUAUUUUUCUGGCUCUCAUAUUUCUGUGUGGCUUCCUAUUGAUUCGAAGAAAGAGGUCCUCAAAACAAACCAAGGAGUCUGGAGAGAGAACGGACAACACAGCACAGCUGAACAUGGGUUUACUGGGCAACAACCCUUCAGCUGCAGCACAGAGAAAACAAGCAGAGGAGUCAGACGACCUUUGCUAUGCCAGCGUAAGCUUCUCUAAAAACCAGGAAGAUGCUCUCUACUCCAACAUCAAGCCAGCUCAGCCCAACAGACACAAGAAUGAAGAGGAGGAGGACGAAGAUGGUGUGGAGUACAGUGUUGUUAACUUUAAGAGUGCGAGUGCUUCAGCAGAAUUAAGACGUCAAGAAGCUCUGGAGGAUUCAUCUGCACUGUACAGCGCAGUCUCCAAAAAUCCAAGAGUUUGAACACAACAUGAAUCUGUGGACUGUUACUCAGAGGUAGAAAGAGUACAAAAAUAUUAGUAAAGUUAAUUUUAUCAAAAUCUAAGUAAAAGUAAA